AGGAGAGGCAACAGAAAGUCGUCAAGAUGCCGCGAAUUAUGAUAAAAGGAGGCGUUUGGCGCAACACUGAGGAUGAGAUCCUCAAGGCGGCGGUGAUGAAAUAUGGGAAAAACCAGUGGUCUCGUAUCGCCUCCCUGCUUCACCGCAAGUCUGCCAAACAGUGCAAAGCCAGAUGGUACGAGUGGCUGGACCCCAGCAUCAAGAAGACAGAAUGGUCCCGAGAAGAAGAGGAGAAGCUGCUGCAUUUAGCCAAGCUGAUGCCCACUCAGUGGAGGACCAUUGCUCCCAUUAUAGGACGCACUGCAGCCCAGUGUCUGGAGCACUACGAAUACCUGCUAGACAAAGCGGCGCAGAGAGACAACGAAGAAGAGGUGGGAGAUGAUCCCAGGAAGUUAAAACCGGGAGAAAUCGACCCAAAUCCGGAGACCAAACCCGCCAGGCCUGAUCCUGUGGACAUGGAUGAAGAUGAGUUGGAGAUGCUGUCGGAGGCCAGAGCUCGUCUGGCCAACACGCAGGGCAAGAAAGCCAAGAGGAAGGCCAGAGAGAAGCAGCUGGAGGAGGCCAGGCGGCUGGCUGCGCUGCAGAAACGCCGCGAGCUGAGAGCCGCGGGGAUCGCCGUCCAGAAGAAGAGGAAGAAGAAGAGAGGCGUGGACUACAACGCUGAGAUCCCCUUUGAGAAGAAGCCCGCGCCGGGUUUCUAUGACACCAGCAUGGAGCAGUACGACGCCCAGGAGCCGAACUUCAAACGCCUCCGACAGCAGCACUUAGACGGAGAGCUGCGCAACGACCGAGAGGACAGGGACCGGAAGAAGGACAAACAGAAGAUUAAGAAGAAGAAGGAGAGCGACCUUCCAUCCGCCAUCCUGCAGACCAGCGGCGUGGCCGAGUUCACCAAGAAGCGCUCCAAGCUGGUGCUGCCCGCUCCCCAGAUCAGCGACGCGGAGCUGGAGGAGGUGGUGAAGCUGGGCGUGGCCAGCGAGGUCGCCCGCCAGGCCGCGGAGGAGAGCGAGGGCGCCAACUCGGCCUCGUCCACCCUGCUGUCGGAGUACAGCGUCACCAACAACAUGGCCACCGGGCUCAGGACCCCGCGCACCCCCGCCGCCCAGGACAGGAUCCUGCAGGAAGCCCAGAACCUGAUGGCUCUGACCAACAUCGACACCCCCCUGAAGGGGGGCCUCAACACGCCGCUGCACGAGAGCGACUUCAGCGGCGUCACCCCCCAGAGGCAGACGGUGCAGACGCCCAACACCGUCCUCACCACGCCCUUCAGAACUCCCGGGCCGGGCCAGGGUUCGGAGGCCAUGACGCCCGUGGCGGGAGGAGCUCUGACCCCCCGGGGGGCGGUCACUCCGGGCCUGACCCCCGGACGCACGCCCCUGAGGGACAAGCUGAACAUCAACAGCGAGGAGCAGCUGGCCGACCCCACCUUCGCCAAACACCUGCAAAAGGAGAGCAUCCAGCAGCUGAGGCAGGGCCUGAUGGCGCUCCCCGUGCCCAAGAACGACUUCGAGAUCGUCCUCCCCGAGAACGCAGAGAAAGAGCUGGAGGAAACCGAGGCGGAGACGGGAUUCAUCGAGGACUCGGCCGAAAUAGACAGCCGCAAGCAGGCUCAGCGGGACGCUGAGAGGGAGAAGGAGCUGAAGCUGCGACACACGCCUGUUCAGAGGAGUCUGCCCCGACCCACAGAGGUGAACGAGUCGGUGCUGCGGCCGUCCUCCCUGGAGCCGCUCUCUGACCUGCAGAUGGCGGAGGAGCUGAUCAAGCAGGAGAUGAUCACCAUGCUGCACUUCGACUGCCUGCACCACCCGGGGCCCGGAGGCGCCGGGAGCCAAAUGCAGCGCCCCAAGGGCCGCGGCCCCGCCUCCACAUCCAACAACGCCUCACACAUCUCCUACCUGGAGGCUCACGCCUACAAACCCGCCAGCAGCGAGGACAUGGAGCAGGCCAAAGCCAUCCUGGCAGCAGAGAUGGAGGUGGUGAAGGCCGGGAUGGGGCACGGAGACCUGAGCAUGGAGGCCUACAGCCAGGUGUGGGAGGAGUGCUACGGACAGGUGCUGUACCUGCCCAGCCAGAACCGGUACACCAGAGCCAACCUGGCCUCCAAGAAGGAUCGAAUCGAGAGUCUGGAGAAGAAGCUGGAGGUGGAGCAGGCGGCCACAGAGCUGCAGACCUUCACUCAGCUGAAGAAGCAGGAGGACAUGGCCAUCCCCCGCAGACAAGCAGCCCUGCAGGAGGACGUGGAGCGGCAGAUGGAGAGGGAGCGGGAGCUCCAGCAGAGGUACGGAGAGCUGCUGAUGGAGAGAGAGCCGCUGCUCACCAGCGCUCAGAAAUACUGA